AUGGCGACCUCGUCACAUCGCACCGCGAUGUCGUCGUUGUCGGCGGCGAUGAAACAGUAUGUGCAGCAAGCAGCGGAGGACGAUGUCGUCUGUGCCUUUGGCCCUGACUACUUCCACGGCGCGCGCACCGGUGCCUGCGUCGGCUCCCUGUUUUCUGCAACUCUCUGCUGGUACACGUUUCGGCUGUUAAAGGAGGACCAGCGGGAGGUAGACUUCCUCGCCGGUCUCAAGCACGGCCAGCGCAACCCUCACUUCUCUACUUGGACUCUUCUGCGCGGCUUGCGCACUCAGCCGAUGCUCACCACCGGGUGCAUUGCGCUCGCCACCACGUCUGCGAUGAAGUGCAUCAAGUGCUACCUGGCAAACCAGCGCUGCCGCGAAUUUUUCACGGACGACGUGCAGUUUCAUAUGAUCAGCGAACUGAGUGAAACGGACUUAGACGCGGCGGCUUUUUUGUCGACAGUUUUGCAUAAUGCGAAUGGCUGCGGCGUGGGCGCACGCAAUGCACUCUCCACCCUCAGAGAGGAUCGCAGUGAAGACCAACCCUCUAUGUCGCCUGCCCCUACGGCGUCUGCAUCGACAUCGACAGUGAAUGGCCUACUCCACACCCAUAGUAGUAGGCUAGACAGCAAAGAGUUCACGCUUACUCACCGCGCGCCAACGUACUACGACGGGGUUGCCGUCGCGUUCCUCGGCUCCGUUUUGGACUGCUACCUGCCGCAAAAGCCAGUGCAGAAGUACUAUAACAUGCGUGUUGGUACUUGGUAG